AUGGAGGACUGGAAGCCCAGCCCUCUCAUCAAGCCCUUUGGGGCUCGGAAGAAGCGGAGCUGGUAUCUUACCUGGAAGUAUAAACUGACCAAUCAGCGGGCCCUGCGGAGAUUCUGUCAGACAGGGGCCGUGCUUUUCUUGUUGGUGACUGUCAUUGUCAACAUCAAGUUGAUCCUGGACACCCGGCGAGCAAUCAGUGAAGCCAAUGAAGACCCGGAGCCAGAGCAAGACUAUGAUGAGGUCUUGGGCCGUCUGGAGCCUCCACGGCGCAGAGGCAGUGGUCCCCGGCGGGUUCUGGAUGUGGAGGUGGACCCGAGCCGCAGCAAAGUGUACGUGGCAGUGGAUGGCACGACGGUGCUAGAAGAUGAGGCCCGGGAGCAGGGCCGAGGCAUCCAUGUCAUCGUCCUCAACCAGGCCACGGGCCAUGUGAUGGCAAAGCGUGUGUUUGAUACAUACUCACCUCAUGAGGAUGAGGCCAUGGUGCUGUUCCUCAACAUGGUGGCUCCUGGCCGAGUACUUAUCUGCACUGUCAAGGAUGAGGGCUCCUUCCACCUCAAGGACACGGCCAAGGCUCUACUGAGGAGCCUGGGCAGCCAGGCCGGCCCUGCCCUGGGCUGGAGGGACACCUGGGCCUUCGUGGGACGAAAAGGAGGUCCUGUCCUUGGGGAGAAACAUUCUAAGUCACCUGCCCUGUCCUCUUGGGGGGACCCAGUCCUACUGAAGACAGAUGUGCCGCUGAGCUCAGCUGAAGAGGCAGAGUGCCAUUGGGCGGAUACGGAGCUGAAUCGUCGCCGCCGGCGCUUCUGCAGCAAAGUCGAGGGCUACGGGAGCGUGUGCAGCUGCAAGGACCCCACGCCCAUCGAGUUCAGUCCUGACCCGCUUCCAGACAAUAAGGUCCUCAAUGUACCUGUGGCUGUCAUUGCAGGGAACCGACCCAAUUACCUGUACAGGAUGCUUCGCUCUCUGCUCUCUGCCCAGGGGGUGUCUCCCCAGAUGAUAACAGUUUUCAUUGAUGGCUACUAUGAGGAGCCCAUGGACGUGGUGGCGCUGUUUGGUCUGAGGGGCAUCCAGCACACCCCCAUCAGCAUCAAGAAUGCCCGCGUGUCUCAGCACUACAAGGCCAGCCUCACUGCCACUUUCAACCUCUUUCCGGAGGCCAAGUUCGCUGUGGUUCUGGAAGAGGACCUGGACAUCGCUGUGGAUUUUUUCAGUUUCCUAAGCCAGUCCAUCCACCUGCUGGAGGAGGAUGACAGCCUAUACUGCAUCUCCGCCUGGAACGACCAGGGGUAUGAACACACAGCCGAGGACCCAGCACUGCUGUACCGUGUAGAAACCAUGCCUGGGCUGGGCUGGGUGCUCAGGAGAUCCUUGUACAAAGAGGAGCUCGAGCCCAAGUGGCCCACACCAGAAAAGCUCUGGGACUGGGACAUGUGGAUGCGGAUGCCUGAACAACGCCGGGGCCGUGAGUGCAUCAUCCCCGACGUGUCUCGGUCCUACCACUUCGGCAUCGUUGGACUCAACAUGAAUGGCUACUUCCAUGAGGCCUACUUUAAGAAGCACAAGUUCAACACAGUUCCAGGUGUCCAGCUCAGGAAUGUGGACAGUCUGAAGAAAGAAGCUUAUGAAGUGGAAAUUCACAGGCUGCUGAGUGAGGCGGAGGUUCUGGACCACAGCAAGAACCCUUGUGAAGACUCUUUCCUGCCAGACACGGAGGGCCACACCUACGUGGCCUUCAUCCGGAUGGAGAGAGAUGAUGACUUCACCACCUGGACCCAGCUUGCCAAGUGCCUCCAUAUCUGGGACCUGGAUGUGCGUGGCAACCACCGGGGUCUUUGGAGGUUGUUUCGGAAAAAGAACCACUUCCUGGUGGUGGGGGUCCCAGCCUCCCCCUACUCAGUGAAGAAGCCACCCUCAGUCACCCCUAUUUUCCUGGAGCCACCUCCAAAGGAGGAAGGAGCCCCAGGAGCUGCAGAACAGACAUGAGACCUCCUCCAGGACCCUGCAGGGCUGGGUACUGUGUACCCCCGGGCAGGCUAGCCCUUCACCCCAUCCUGUAGGAUUUUGUAGAUGCUGGUAGGGGCUGGGGCUGGUUUGUUUUUAACAUGGAACUUAAUUACUAACUCCACAGGGAGGGUUCCCCUGCUCCAACACUCCCGUUCCUGAAUUGGAGGUCUAUUUAUUUCCUUCCUUAUUAGAGAAGGGCAGAAGUACCCGGGAAUCACUGGGAGUCCUGGGCUGAUCCUGCCCCGUGUCCACCCCCUCCUCCCAGGCCUGGCUCAGGAUCUAACCUAUUUAUUGACUGUCCUGAGUGCCUGGAUUCCUUUCUGGGCUGGGGUGCUGC